AAAUAACAUCACUGUAUGUCCUGAUCCGAAUAACCAAAUGGAAAACUGCAUUCAAGGUCCAGAAGUGAGAAGGAAAGAUAUAAACGAAAGCCAAAUAGGAACGUCAGAAUGCUCUCAGAAGUGCACCAACACUAACGGAAGCUAUCAGUGCGGAUGCAGUCAUGGUUAUCUCUUGGAAGCAAACGGAUUGACGUGUACAGAUAACGACGAAUGCAAAACAGGAACCUCAAAUUGCUCGCAAAAAUGCACCAACACUGAUGGAAGCUACCAGUGCGGAUGCAAUCAAGGUUAUGUUCUUGAGGCUAAUGGACUAACGUGCACAGAUAUCAACGAAUGCCAAAUAAGAACAUCAGAAUGCCCUGAGAAGUGCAUCAAUACUCCUGGAAGCUACCGGUGCGGAUGUAAUCAAGGUUAUGUUCUGGAAGCAAAGGGAUUGACGUGUACAGAUAUCAACGAAUGCCAAAUAGGAACCUCAAAAUGCUCUCAAAAAUGCAUCAACACUGCUGGAAGCUACCAGUGCGUAUGUGAUCAAGGUUAUGUGCUGGAAGCAAAUGGAUUGACGUGCACAGAUAUAAAUGAAUGUGAUGACGCUCUAAAUGGUGGAUGCGAUGAUUCGUGUAUGAAUACUGUUGGAUCGUUUAAAUGUGCGUGUACCGGAAACAGCACUAUAGAAACCGAUGGCUUUACGUGUUCAGGCAUGUUUAUAUUAUAA